AUGUCCUCCGUACAAACAGCAGUUCCCGAUGGAGCUAUUGCCAUAGUCGGUGGAGGCAUUGGGGGUGUUUCGUUGGCGAUAGGGCUUCGCCAUCGUGCACUCGGGCCCAAUGCCAUCUCUGCGCUGGAAUUGCUCGACCCGGCUGCUGCAGAAGUAUUCCACAAAUUGGCUACAAAGAAUGCCUUCAGCAGCGAAGAGGCUACGUGGAUCAACUUUCGAAAGGGUAUGGGGGAGGCCGAGCUGAUUGCAAAAGUGGAGACAAAAGAUGAACGGCAAACUGGCCUCAGCAGUAUCCAUCGGGCAAGGUUUCUCAACGCGCUUGCUAGCCUGAUUCCCCGGGACAUGGUACGCUUCAGAAAGCGGCUGGUUAAGAUCCAGGAAACGGAAGGAAAGCAUGUCCUCCUCCACUUCGACGACAGCAGCCAGGUCAGCGCCGCAUAUGUCGUUGGUUGCGACGGAAUCAGAAGCUGCGUUCGACAGUACGUCCUGGGACUAGAAAAUCCGCUCGACAACGUCACCUACACACGCAAAUAUGUCUACCGAGGCCUUGUACCGAUGAAGACGGCCGUAGAGCGACUGGGAGCAGAACUCGCGAGCAACAGCCAGAUGUACCUGGGACCAAAUGGGCAUGUACUCACCUAUCCCAUUGAUGGCGGGAAGACCAUGAACGUGGUAGCUUUCCGGGACGAUCUAAACAACAAGAGCUGGAGCCACGCCAAUUGGGUGCUGAAACACCGUGGGGACAAUAUGCGGCGAGAAUUUGAAGGGUGGGGAAGGCCGGUCACAACCAUAGUCAAAAUGCUGGAGCAACCAGAUCAAUGGGCUCUUUUCAACCACGAACCGGCACCUUGCUACCAGAAGGGCCCAGUGGUACUGCUGGGAGACGCUGCCCACGCGACGACUCCGCAUCAAGGGGCCGGGGCAGGACAAGCUGUAGAGGACGCUCUCUUCCUUGCCGAACUGUUGGGCAAAGCGAAGUCCCAUGGCUGGGGCUUCAUGAAUGCCUUCAAGGUGUACGAUGCCGUCCGGCGGCCCCGUUCCCAACUCGUCGUCGCAACCAGUCGCACCGCUGGCGAUACGUAUGCCAUGAGGGGCCUCGCUGGCAGCGACUCUGAUCUUCUUCAAGCAGAGCUGCUGCAUCGGUUCGACUGGAUCUGGGAAUACAACAUCAGGGGCGCAUUGGACGAUGCCAUUGCUCGUUUACAGGGAGAAGCUGCCGGGAAGCCAGCGAUAGGGCUGCUGAGGAAGCUGCUGAAGGAGUUGCGGAUGAGGUUGCAGACAGGACUCGUCUCUGAGGACCGAAGGCUGUUUGGUGGAUGGAGCUUCAGCUGGCACAAGAGCUGA